GGCUGCUCGUUCAACAAGGUUGCCUGUGUCUUCUUGGGCUUCAUGUAGAUAGGUCUCAAGCUUGGUAGCACUAUUUCAAGUACUGUUGCUGCCAACUCUUGAGCGACAGGUUUGAAGGAUCAUUCACUUCAGUUAGUGGUGGAGAAAACAACUCCAUAGAAAUGUCUUCACUUUCUUCUAUCAAGAGUUAGAAUGGCUUCCAUACAAGAAAACACAUUAUGUGAAUAGCGAUCUCAAAAUGACAUUUGAGAAUAAUGCCCCUAUUCAAAAAUCAAUUCUUCACAUUCAAGGUCGAACAACAUCGUUCACCAUGAUUCUCAAGAUUGAUAACAUAUAAUACAUGUAGCUGGAUUCAUCAAAGAAACUAUCAAAUGAUGAAACAAGUGAAAUACCCGUUUCACCUUGACAUUAUCAUAUGAGGCAUAUGGCAUUAAUUCUCAUUAUUUCACUAGUGCAAACUGAAACUGUAAUUCAAACAUCAACAUCUGAAUGAUGAAAAAGUUGCUCUUGAACCAAAGCUUGCAGUGAUGGAGACAAGGAGUAUUGACCUUGAGACUGUCCCACUUUUGAAAAAGAAUUCCAUAAUACUUCUGAAAAACAUUGUCAAAGCCACUGACCUAUCGAAAACUGUUAUUUCCAAGCAGAAUUUGACAAAACAGAGCUCAAAAGUGGAUUCAGUGUGUCAGAAAUAGGAAAUAUGGCUGAUGUGGCAGUGGUGCUGACAUGGUCCUUUUGUAGCUGAUGAUGUGAUGCUGAGAUAGCCUGAUGAUGACAAUCUGGUUGGACAUGUCAACCCAAAAAGAUCUAGGACUGGCAAACAGCAAUCAGGUUGAAGAUGGAGCGGAGUUUGACAAUUGCUGCAAAUGGCUUCACAGUAUGGACUUGUUGGACCCAGAGAGCAUAGGCAUGUUGAUGAUCUGUUCCAACUGUGCUUCCAGGGGCAAGGUCGCUGGUUGUAUCUGAGAUGCUGCCUGGCUUUGAUUCUUGGGUCAGAUGUUGGCUUCAAUGGGGUUCUGAUGAUGUACUGAAUUAUCUAGAAAGAGCAUUUGGUGUUGGUAGUGUGAGUCAAGGAGAUAAUGGUAGCUUGGUGAUGCAACAAUCUAUUAAUCUCAUUGCAAAAUCAGCCUCCAUUCCAUGUAGCUCAUUGGUGACAGAUGUUUCUAAUUCUGAUUUUGCUGUGAAUGCCUCAGAGAAUCCUUUGUCAGAUGACCCACUUGAUGAAAUGUUUUCAAUUCUGGACAUCGGUGGACAAAACCUAUCGAGAAUAGCUGGUAUUGCAUCUGCAAAUGAAGCUCCAAGGACUAUAGUUUCUAGAUCCAUCUCUAAUGUUGAUCUGAAACUUAAGUUGCAAUUUUGCAAGGUUCGAUUUCUGCUUCUCACUAGAAAUCUAAAGCAAGCGAAGCGUGAAGUCAAGCAUGCAAUAAAUGUUGGUAACGGGAGAGAUUCAGCUAUGGCUCUUUUUUUGAAGGCCCAGCUUGAGUAUGAUCGUGGGAACCACCGUAAAGCCAUCAAGUUGUUAAUGGCAUCAAGUAAUCAGACAGAGGCUGGCAUUGCAAGCAUGUUUAACAAUAAUCUUGGCUGUAUUUACUAUCAGCUCAGAAAAUACCAUACAUCAGCAGUGUUUUUCUCAAAGGCAUUGAAUAAUUGUUCAUCUCUUCAGAAGGACAAGCCUCUACACCUAUUAACAUUCUCCCAGGAUAAAUCCCUUCUUAUGAUAUAUAAUUGUGGCUUGCAGUAUUUGGCCUGUGGGAAGCCAAUACUAGCUGCUUGUUGUUUCCAGAAGGCAAGUUUAGUUUUCCACAAAAGACCCCUCUUUUGGCUCCGGCUAGCUGAAUGCUGUCUAAUGGCUUUAGAGAGGGGACUUAUCAAGGCUAGUCAAGCUCUAUCAGAUCGAGCAGAAGUUAGAGUUAAUGUUAUUGGAAAAGGUAAAUGGAGGCAACUUGUAAUUGAAGAUGUAAUUUCAAACAGGCUUGUGGAUUUUGUUGGAAAGGUUGAUCUAGUAUUCGGCAGUGAUGGGCAGCCUAACCUCUCGCUGCCACUUGCAAGGCAGUGUCUCUAUAAUGCAUGGCACUUGUUAAAUUGUUCUGAAUUGAAUAAUUUAAAGUCUGGUUUGCCUGCAUCCUUAGAAGAAAAUGAAUCAAGUGAAGUGGUAUCUUGGAAGACUUCAAACCAGAAGAACUUACCCAGCAUUGAUUCAAAAGCCUCAACUUUAUUGGUAGGUUUAGGUCAGGUUAAUUCUAAUGGCAAUGCAAGAGAGCAGAAGGGAGGAUCAAAUCAGGGGAUCAUACAGAACUCAAUCUCCUAUUAUGAGGAGAUUUGCAGGAAGGGGAAUCAGAUGAUUAAGCAAGCUCUUCUUGCUGACCUGGCUUAUGUAGAGUUAGAAUUGGGAAAUCCUUUGAAGGCCCUCUCUGCUGCAACAUCUCUCUUAGGAAUACCUGACUGUUCAAGAAUUUAUGUCUUUCUAGGUCAUGUGUAUGCGGCAGAGGCCCUUUGCUCUCUUAACAAGCCAAAGGAAGCUGCAGUGCAUUUGUCAAUUUAUUUGUCUGGAGACAGCAAUGCUGAGUUGCCAUUUGGCCAGGAGGACUUUGAGCAAUGGCGAGUGGAGAAUACUGUUGACUGUGAAGAACUUAAUGAAGAAUCAGUGACUGCCAAGAAUCCUCCAGAGGACUGGCAUAAUCUCAUGUUUCUGAAGCCAGAAGAAGCACGUGGAACCCUUUAUGCAAAUCUUGCUGCUAUGUCAGCAAUGCUAGGUGAAUUUGAGCGGGCUUACCAUUUUGUGACGCAAGCGUUGUCUCUGGUACCUAACAGUCCAGAAGCUACCGUGACUGCAAUUUAUGUUGAUCUCAUGCUUGGUAAGUCACAAGAAGCACUAGCCAAAUUAAAACAAUGUAGUCGUAUCAGGUUCCUCCCGUGCAGUUUACAAUUGAACAAGUCAUCCUGAUGGUUGUAGAGUUGUUUUAGUUCAUUCCUAUGGGCCUAACGUUUGGUGCUAGUUAGUGGUUAGAUUGAAAUCCUUUCAGAGGAUUUGUAUCAUAUAUAUGGUUCACUUCAGAUAUUAAUUCUAUCAUUUUUUUUUUCUCCCUUUUCUUCAUAGUUGGGGUUUAUUUUGUCAAUGGCGAGGCUGGGUGUUCUGGCAAAAGAGCUGAUGCCCACAUUUUGAAUAUAAGAUGUAUUUUUGGUUCAAGAUUAUUGUAAUUUAGUGGCCAAUCCAAUCCACUUGGAAUGGAUGUGAAGAAUAGAGAUAAAAAUGUGAUUGAAUUGAGAUUGGGAACAAAAUAGGUUUUAUUUA